GUGUCUUGAAAAAUAAUAUGAUAAUCAUUGAAGAAAAGAUUGAUUUGAUGGAGGUAAAAAAUAAAUAAGUACGUGUGCAGUGCAGAGACAAUUUUUUUUUUAAAUAUUUUUUAUGAGUUUUUUUUUAUGAACCGGACCACGAGAGUUGAUUAUUAAAUCUAUACACAAAAUAGUCUUCUCUCACCUCUCAUAUACAUAUUGGGUCUCUUAUUCGCACAUUCUCUCUCUCUCACCUGACCAUUUGGGAAGGUAGCAAACAUUACUAAAAGUCUACACGAAGCCACCAGAGACUGCCAACACAACCAAGGCUAAUGAAGCACGAACGCUUUCAGUUUCAUUUCACAUAUCAAAGUGGAAAGGUGCAACUCGAAUUACUCCAAUAAUUCCAAUUUAACAUACGAGAUAUCGAGAAAUAUUCAUCUUCCCACACUUGAUUGAUUUCCAUCGUCACGGAGUACCUUUGCAAUAAUUUUUUUUUCAUCUAAUUGAUCUCUGCUUAGGUGCCGUAGCAUCUGUUCAAUUUUUUCCCAGUUUAAUUCCUCAGGCAUUUUCACAUCACUAAAUUAUCCGGUGUAAAAAUUUUGAGAAAUCUCAAAAAAAAAAAUUGUUUUUAAAAUAUACUCGGUUCAGUCACAAAGACAUUAAAAAUGUCUAUUCUAGUUGCAACACCAUUGAAGAGUGAAAGAGAUUCAAGAGAUAAGUCUCUGUGUUUUGUGUGAGAGGACGAAAAAUCAAGGAAACUCUCCAUCGGACAUUCCCUUGAACAGAAAUAACGAGGGCAGUCAGUGUGUGAAAAUUUUUUUUGUGCAAAAUUCCCUGAGAGUGUGACUAUAAUAUAAAAAUAAUUUCAACCAACAACAAAAAAUGCAAUUAAAAAUAGCCCUCUUCUGGACAUUGUGCAGUGUUCUUGUGAAUUUAUCCAAUUGUCAGGAUUUAUCUUCGUCCGCCGAACGGGACACCUAUGAUAAUCUUGAAGAUGUUUCACGCGAUCAACAUCGAUUUGUGGGAUAUAGAACAACAAUAUUCCACGAAAGUGCCACCUUUUCGAAUCCCACCGAAACCGAACCGGAUAUCAUUGAUACAGAAUCCACAAAUACUGAUACGAGUCAAAAAAUUGACACAACAAUCUCAGAAAAUACAGAUUAUCCAGCAUCAGAGACAGUUCUUCAGGAAGCCCUAAUUACAUCUAAUGAGCUAACAUUGAAGAAUGAGACUGAAGAAGGGGAAGAUUCUGAAGAUUUACAGGACAUCAAUGGCGAAGAGAAUGAAUCAGUGACACAUACAGCAGUUCCUACAACAGUCACAGUACCCACAACAACCAAACUAACCACCAUCCAUCCUUCACUCAAGGCUUUAAAUCUCAGAAGGAAACAAACUAAGCAGUAUAGGGUGUACAAAUCUACAGGAGAUGGAAUUGUCAGGAGCUUUCUGGACGAUCCCUACUUGAGAUCUCCACUUGCAAUUCUCAUGGAUACAUCACCAGAACCCCUGAGAAAAGCUAAACUUCUCUGGAAUGCAACUCUACGACCAGCAUCAUCAAUUGAUCUCGUUCUUGUUGCCUUCAACUCUUCAGGAAUAAGUGUGACAUACAGUUUCAAGAAUACAAGGACAAUUAUGGCUGGAAUCGAGAGUGUUAGGGAGUCCCAUCAACCAAGAUCAGAGGAGAAGGCUUUCAUAGGGAUUCUUCGGGCUUCAGAACUCAUACCCUAUGACAGUGCAAUAUUCCUGUCUACAGAUCGAGUUCCACAGAAUGCCGAAUUCUCCCAAGAAGCUGCGAUUGUUCUUCUCAAAAAACGAAUUCGACUCUACCUAAUUUGGUUCGGAAAGCAUGGUCAGGAUGACAAUGAAUCACCUCAUACUGUAAUUGGUGGAAUAUUGGGGGAAGUUGCCCUGAGAACGGGUGGAGAGAUAAUACACAUCACAGAUGAGGCUGUGGAACCCAAUGGAAAUAUUGGAUUGGUCACCCUGUUGCUGAGGAAUGACCUCCAAGGAUCUCAUCACUUCAGCCUACCUAUUGACACAACAGCCGAAACGAGUCUCCACGUGAAGAUUCACGGAAAAAUGGACGAAGCCACACUGGAAACACCCAAUGGUGGUUAGUUUUAUAAAACAAUUUAAAUAUUAGAGAACUCACACAAAACAAUUAAAAUACACACAUUUUUUUUUAAAUUAACUAUUCUGUUCUGCCAUUGCAAAUCAAUUUACUAUGUAUAUUGCUGAGGAGAUUAUUAUUAUUUUUUUUCUUUAUAAAAUAAUAGUUAAUAUCUAUUAUUGUAAUUAUUCCUCUCUUUGUCUCUGUUUAUUUUUUUUGUAUAUUUAACUAUAUCAUUUUAUUUUGCUUCUGUGAAUUGUUUAUCCUGCAAUUUUCUCUCACCCAGUUCUAAACAUAAACAGAAUCUCUCUAUAUAUGAAUUCUCUGACAUCGAGGGAUAAUUCCAGAGAAUAAAAGAAAAAUAUAGAGAUGAAAAGGCAAUAGAAAAUGAAGAAUACAUAAUGUGGAAAGUACAAAUAAUUGUAGAAUUGUUAUGUAAUAAAUUUUACUCUAAUUGUAAA